CAUAAUAUAUACCUAUAUAUUGUGGUCACAAUUGUUACAGUUGGGAUAUCUAUUUAGAAGAUCAAAUAUUUAUUACUCAAAAUACCUACAAUUAUAUUUAGUUAUAUUAUAAAAGCGUGUUUUACUGCUGCCUACAUGUUGCCAUUAUUCCUUUUAAUUCAUAGUAUGGCGUCUCGGGGAAGAAUAUUUUGUAGGAAUACAAGGCCUAAGAAAUCCUUCAAGAUAGAACUCGGUAAUGCAACCUGCAGGACCUGUGGUUGCACCGGGAGUUUAGGAUCUCUAUUUACCGAGGGCGGUAAUCACGAAAAAAGAUCUGAAGAAUUACGCAUUGUGACUGGGUUAACCAUAAAGUAUAACGAUGGACUGUCGCAAAAAAUAUGUCGCCGCUGCUACAGGUUCAUCAAAAGAUCGCUAAGAUUCCGGCGAGUCAGCAAAAGAACUGAAAAGCUUCGAUUCGGUAUGAGAGUGAAAACUGAGAAUGGACCGAGACUAGCGAUGACUACGGUUGUGAAGACGGAACCUCAAUCAGACAACUUACAAGCCAACGACUUUGGACAAAUGGGUUUCAUUGACAGAUAUCAGAAUUACAACUUCCCCGAUCUGUACGAUAUCUGUAAGAAAGAGCCGGAGGAGGUGGAUCCUCACAACACAACGAAUGACAUAGUCUCGUUCACUUGUAAAACUUGUGGCGAACUGUUCACCUCGAGGAACCUUUACGACUCACAUCGGAAGACUCACAACAAUUUAUGGGUGGAUGAAAAUGCGACCCCCGGGAUACAGAAGCAGAUCGGUGCCAACGGAAUGUACAAAUGCCAUAUCUGUGGCAAGGAGUUUAGGAUGAGGGCCACCUACACCUCGCAUCUCAGGUUCCACACGCAUUACUGCGUCUGUGAGGACUGCGGUAAGCGCUGCCGGAACAACAACGAGCUCCAGGAACACAAGCGAGCUCGACACGGCUUGAUGAAGAUACACAAAUGUUCCCACUGCGAGUACAGCUCCGCGACCAAGGAGGCGCUCACCAUCCACGAGCGACAUCACACGGGAGAGCGGCCUUACGUCUGCGAUCACUGCGGCUCGUCCUUCUUCAGACGGUCCACGCUGGUGCAGCACAUCGCCAUACACCUGCCAGAUAAGAACUUCCAGUGCGACAUGUGCCCUAAAUGGUUCAAAUCCAAAAAGUUCCUUCAAAUCCACAAACACGACGCUCACACCGGGAAGAAAUACGGUUACCUGUGUUCAGUUUGCAAUCACCGUUUUGAGAAGCCGUAUAUAGUGCGCGCGCACACGAGGAAGGUCCAUGGGGUCCCCGACGAACAGCAGGGGUCCAUAGUGCGGAUUGAGCUUUAGAAAAGGGACGCUACGCUAUCUUGGAAGACGCGGGAGGGACAUUGGAGUACCUUUUCAGCACCAUGAAGACCGUAGAAGGCUCUGGACGUCGAGGUUUAUGGACAUAAUUUAGAUGAACAGAGUGUGGGGUGUACUUUAGACGAACAGAGUGUGGGGUGGACUGUAGACGACUAGAGUGGGGGGAUACUGUAGACGACCAGAGUGUGGGGUGUACUGUGGACGAACAGA